UUGUAAGGUCAUGCACAUCAUUUUCAACAGAAUUAACAGAAUACACAUAUAUAUAGUUUGAGGGAAAAACAACGAUUAGAACAGCAAAGCCAAAAGAAAACAUAAUGAGCCUAUGUCAAAGCAGUCGAUAUGUUCUCGGCGUAUGUGUAAUGAGCUUUCUUCUGAAUGGAACUUCAUCGACGGAAGUCACUGUUCAAAAGCAGUACAAAACGGCAACCAAAACUAUUGAACCGGGAGAUCGUGCUCUUUUUAAUCCUCAUGUUGUUUAUAAUCAAGAUUGGAUGCCAGUUGGACACGCUGAUCCGUUGAAAAAUUAUCCAACUUAUGAUUAUGUGCCACCUACAUCUGGAAGUGUUCGCUAUUGGUCUGAUAAAAACGAAAACCAAUUUGCCAGUAACACCAGCGAUAAAAAUGAAAUUUUAUUACUUGGUGCUGCUAUCAAACAUUCAGUUCAACUUCAAUCAAAUCUUUUGCCGGUGUUCGAAGUGAAAUCAAACAAACGACCUAAUCAACCAUUGGUGACCAAUGAUCAACGUUCAUCUCCCUAUUAUCCUCCUUCAAAGCCAUCACGUGUUUUGACCCCACCAUCGAUUCAAGACUACAAUCAUUACUAUACUUUCGCAUCACAUUUUAUGAACAACGAUUUAUCUAUGUCGCUCUCAGGUGAUACACGCUCAACGGUAAUCUAAUGAUUUCAUAAUACUCAAAUAAUACAGCAAACUGAAUGGUAAUACGAUACAAUUAACCGGGUAAAAACAUUUCCCAGAGAGAAACUUUGAAGAUAAUGUGUUCAUGCAAACCAAACAAUGCUUGAUAAAUUUAUUUGGUAUUUCAUCGGGACCACUGACUAGAUCAUCCGGAAGCAUGUCAAUUUGUUGUCCAACAAGCUCCUCAGUUAUUUCAAUCGGUGAUAUUUCAGCACAAAUAUCGCGAAUAUUUUCAAUCUCCGAGUUGUCAUAUCGUGGAUCUCCCUUAAAAGAGCUGUAGGCUGAUGCAAAGUGCUUUGCAAAGAAACCAGCGAUUGUAGACUGGUCAUCUGCCCUCAUAUCCAUAUAUGACAUCUCAUGCGGUAGAUCAUCACUUUUCCCCCUUUUAUGUUAUUCACAUGUCUGAAAAACUUCUUUGGAUCAUCGUCUAUCAGAUUCUCCAUCUCAAUUCUGUAAUCCUUGAGUGCUGACCGUGCACUGCGUUUAUAUUCUCUUCUUAAUUGUUUAAAAUUUUCUACUGAAUCAAUUGUGUUGACCUUUUUUUUAAUCUGAUGAGCUUUGCUGACUUUGUUUUUCAACUCGAUUAGUGGCUUGUUAAACCAUAUCGGUUGCUUCCUGAUGACUUUUGUUUUUAACUGUACAUGAG